AUGACUCGCCAACCCUCCUUGCACCACCUUUUCUUGUCAUGUCUGUCGAUGUAUCUUCUUCUUCUUCUGCCCAAAAAUAGCCUUGCAUUCAGCACAGCUGUUGCUGGUGGUGGUGGUGGUGGUGGUCAUUUGUCAUCGUCUUGGACGUCUCGUCCACAUCAUGCUUCUUCUUCUUGGUCUUCGUCUUCCACCACUACUACCACACAAUUACAAUUUGUUCCUUCUUCGGAGAUGCAGCAACAAGGAGGAGAAGAAGAAGAAGAAGAUCAACAAACAAAGAAUCAUGAUCAUGCUCAUGAUCCUUCAUCUUGUUGGACCAUGGCACAAGAUUGGGAAUUGAUCGAUCAACUUCCCAAGUUUACGGUAGGUGAAGGAGAGCAUUGUCGUACCUUUUGGACGCAAAUGGCAGCUUCUACACCAUUGUUGGCAACAAAGAGUCCAGACGAAUUGUUGGAACGAUGUCAAUACCUCUUCUUGCAGCAGCAACAACAACAACAACAAGAAGAAGAAGAUGAUGAGAAUGAGAAUGGCAAUGACGCAACAACAGCAACAACAACAACAUCAACGAGUCCAGCAGCUAUCAAUAAUCACUCUACUACUACUGCUACUACUACCAUCAGCGGCCUCCGUCGCCCAAUUGUCUUUGGUCCAUCUCCACCAGUACUUUCCCAAUGGAGCAUUCUUGAUUGGAAUCAGCAUCAUCAUCAUCGCAAACAACAAGGCAGCAGCAAGGUGGUAGGUCAAUUGGUGGAUGAUUCAAACAAUGGUGCAAGAACCAUUUGGAUGCACUAUCAUUGCAUUGGACGUCUUGAUGGUGAUCCAUUGUUGCCGGAUGCUACUACUAGCUCUCCGUCAGUCUUUCAACUGGUAUCCGGUGGAUAUUUGGAGGCAAUUGGUGGUCGCAUUUACGAAUUGGGAGAAGCUCGAGAACAACCAACAGCAGCCGUAUUACCGACCAGUCGUACAACAACAACAGCAACAGCAUCAUCAUCAUCAUCAUCAUCAUCAUCAUCAUCAUCAUCAUUCAUGGAAGACCAUCAUCCGUCUUCGUCUUCUUCUUCUUCGUAUUUCGGCAUGCUGGAAGCAAUGGAUGCAAGGAGGAAAGCAGGUCAAAUGACAACAGAACUAGACCUGCUAACCAAACAAGGAGAGUCUUUGGAUUGGUUGCUUCCUCC